AUGGAGGCCAAAAGCAUGCUAAAACCAAGGAGGAGAAGCCAUCUUUCUCGGCUCAGAGAAUCCCAUAAGAUCUCGUGGAUCAAGAUCAAGACCAUCAUGAACAGCGUGCAGCUCCAAUUCUUCCCUCCAGAUUUAGAUUUUAGAAGCAGGAACGAUGCGAUUGUCGACAACCAGAACAACGCGGGCUCAAAGGUGGAACACGCGGUCAUGAAGAGCUUUGGGACUAGCAAAGUGACGGUGGAGGAGACUGCGAAACCCACAGCCGAAGUUGUGGGAAAAGUCGUGCGCAAGACAGCGGAGAAGGUUAAAGAGAGCAUGUCUGAUGAAGAUGAAGGCGAAGAGUCGAAAUCAGAGUUUAACGAAAAGAUUGGUCAAAUGAUGCCGCCAUAUUAG